AUCACGUAUACACGACGUGGGCUCUCUCGAUAAACCGCGGGCAUCGGUCGCGUUAGUCGCGGACUUGCGCUGCAAUCGCAUCGAGCUGUGACGGCCAGCUAGAAUCAGUGCUUCAGCAGCUCUCGGGGCCGAUUGGUUGGCCUCGCCAACCCCUAAGAGCUAUUUCUCUCUUUCUCUUUAAUCACUCCCACCGAGUCCACACACGACACCCUGAGAAGCGACCCGCUCGGUCGCGUGACAAUCGUACCGUUGACCCCAGCUAGGAGGACCACCCCGUCUGGAUCCAUAUCGAAGGAUAACAUCCGGUUUCUACGGCAAGGAUACACAGGACAGAUCGCAACCAUGAGGCGCUCGCACGUCCUCGGAGUUUGCCUCCUGCUCGUUCUCGAUCUCUACGGUGUAAACGCGAUCCAAUGUUACUUGUGUAACAGCCACAAUGACAGCCGAUGCGCCGACGAUAUACCGCCGGAUGCCCUUAAAAGAGAUUGCUCUGAUCUCAAGGACGGCGCAAAAUACACGAUGUGCCGAAAGAUUACGCAAGUCAUUGAGUUUAGCGUUAAUGGACUUCCAGCUGAUACCCGAGUGAUAAGAGGCUGCGGAUGGCAAGAGGAGAGCUACAAAGGCAAAUGCUACCAACGAGGCGGUUUCGGUGGUCGUCAAGAAGUCUGUUCAUGCCUAAGCGACUACUGUAACGUGGCGACACCAAACAUUCUGCCGCCGAAGUCAUUAAUCCUGUCGUGUGUCCUGGGCAGCGUGUUGCUAGCAUUCAUUCGUAAUUAGCUUUAAAGAAAUUUACUACCCCUCCCCCCCGCCCCAACAGUCGACGAGAAGAUACGUUCCCGAUCGGUUAGUACAUCUACUGUAAGCAGCUUCGUGUGUCACGCGUCGUAUACUCGAGAAACGGAAAGGGACCGGGGGCUGACAGGACAAUGGAUUCGAGAAGAAGUAUCCUUUGAUCUCUCGUCGCAGAUAUGAGAAAAGUGCACAUAGCAAAAUCACUUUUCGAGUUGUCGAGAUACAUAUACGCAACUAAAUUAGAAUCUAUCGAUACAUCAGGACAAACGUAAUGCUAACGAUCUUGAAUUGAUCGAGAGAACGGAGGAUCCUCGAUCGAAGCCGUGUUUCAUUUUUGACAAUCUACAUAAUAGAAACGGCGCCGCGGCGUCCUCCUGUCCGUUGGUUGACAGUCAUCGUAGCUUUAGAGAAACUAUGCACGCUGUUCCUGGUCACCUUGUCCAUAUUUUCAUGAGACACGAUCGCCCAAGAACAAAUUAGAAUCAUCGGCGUAGCCAGGGGGGCAGGGUAGGACACUUGCCACCCUACCCUAGAGGGAAAAAAGUAGCCUGUACCCUAUCCUAGAAGAAAGAAAUUGGAUUUUACCACCUGCCCCUCCCCAGAGAAGAGAAAUAUUAUGUUAUAUUAAUUAAUGUUUUGUAUGUAAAAAUUAGUCUAAAAUCGAUGUAAAGUAAUAUUACGAAAAACUUGAGAUCAGCUUUGCCCCCCCCUCCCCUCCCGACUGAUAACCUGACUACGCCCAUGAAAAUUACAUGACGUUCAUACAUAUACAUACGAUGUUUCAAACGUGUUACGGAAACAACUGAAGUUUUCAUCAGGGUUGUAAAAUAAAGUAUAGGCAAAUGAAAGUAUUUAAAAAGUAAUAUAUAAAUCAAUGAAUAACUUACAUAAAAUGAUUGACGACGAAAGCAUAUAUUGUAUAUGUAUCUAUGCGAGAAAUUAUUUAUUCUUCAUAACGAAUUCAUUACCCAUUGAUGGUUCAGUUCACAUUUCUCAUGUAAAAGUAUUUAGAUUUGUCAGAGACUGGAAUAUUGGCUAAUUAUAUCGAAAAAUUACGAUUUUUUAUGAAUGCAUUAUAUAGGGUUUCAGGAACAGUACUCGUCUUUUCGUACUUUUUCGCGAAAGUCGCCUAAGCGAUAAUUCCUCCGGUCAUGUGUAAUCUCUUCUCAAAAAAUUUUUCAAUUUAGAUGCUGAAGGUGUGGAAACAACAACCACAUUGUGUUCACUCGACGAUUUUUCUGCGUAGAGCUUAAGAAUGAUAUUACAUACGCAACGAUUCCGCAACUUGUUGAGGAUCUUGUUGUGGCCGAUGUUCACAAAUGAAAAAACAUCUGUACAAUAUGUUUUUCUUUUGUGCAAAACGAGAAAAAUAUACCAGGGAUGUCGUUGCGGAGAA